CAAGGUGAAGAAGGAAAAACAAAGAAGGAAAGACAAAGCGAUGUUCCCAAAAUCUGAUAAGCUUAAGCUUCAGAAGAAAUCCCUCAAGAAAUCAUCGAAGAAAAAGGCUUAGGCUCACAUCUUUCCUUGUGACUUGCUUUAGGAGGUGACCACAGUUUUGAAGGCUCAAGGAGACCUGCUGCAUCCUGCUUAUAGUAUUUGUCCGGUUGGAAUCUAUGGAAGAAAUAUUAUUGCUUCGUUUACUGGUUGUGACACAAAGACCUGAAACUGCACUGUUUUUUUUUUGAAGCCUCAUCCUAGGUACAAUCUGUAUGUGUAGUAGCUUUACUCACACCACACACACACUCUAUCUAACCAGAAACUGCAAUCUAUAUACAUACGCCUACCGAGUGCUAAAUUGGUGAACACGUCUUCCUCUUAUGAUCCACAGGUGUUUGAGGCUCCAGAAGAAAAUCUGGGAAAAUCGCGGCCAUGUGCAGUUAGUUUUGUUUUUUGAGAGGAGAAAGUUAGUCAGGUAGCAGCAGAAGCAGAUGCUGCUUGUGCAAGCAAGCAAGCCGGCCCAGUUGCCCUCAAGAGGAGGCCCAUGUGUGAAAUGGUGGAACGGAGGGGCCCGGCCGUCAUCACGGCGCGCUGUCAAGAUCAAUCCAAUCAACCACGCCCGUCCGUCGUCAACCUCACCGGCCACCAUCCCCGCUCGCCUCGCCUCGCCUCGCCUCCCCUCCCCUCCUCUUAUCCAAAAUCACCUGCGAUCGUGACGCGACGCGCUCGCCCUCGCCCUUGCGAUCCCGCCCGCCCCCCAAUCCGAUCGGGCCGGUGGCUGCCUCACUGCACCGAACCGCCGAGGCGAGGCGCGAACCACGGAACCAGGCCGACCGACCGAGCCAAUCGAUCCGGCGAGUGAAGUGGGCUCGUUGCGGCGCGGGGCGGGCGGCAUGGCGACCACGCGCGGCGGCGGCGGAUCGGCGUCGAGGGUGGGCGACGGGGACGUCGACCUGGGCGAGGGCUGGAACUGGGGCGCCAUCCCCCGGCUCAUCUCCUCCGCCUGCCUCUUCCUCUUUUCCGGAGGCUGUUUUGGAUGCUGUGAUAAGGCUGUAAAGCAACUGGGUGAACUGUCCAGGAACUUGAUUACACAUGACCAAAUUCCCAUUGGAGAGACAUUUUGGAGUACAACCACCAUCGAGGUCGAACCAGCAGAUCUCAGGGGUAUUUCUCCAGUCAAUGCAUCCAACUGGGCCUUUGAUCAGCAUGGAACUGGAAGCAGCCAUAACCUUCCUGAACUUGGUAAUAAUGGACUCGUUCUUUGGGAACAGACCAGGCAGGAAUGGACUGAAAUUAGAAGUCUACGACCGAAGGUGAAGCAGGUUCGCGAACCAGUAUUGAGUUGGAAUGCAGCAUAUGAGAGUCUGCUUGGAUCAAAUAAGCCAUUUCCGCAACCAAUUCCUCUUCACGAGAUGGUCGAUUUUCUUGUGGACAUCUGGGAGCAAGAGGGGCUGUAUGACUAGCACAAAUGCUUUCAUAGGGAUAACAUGUAGUUGUUCCUCAAGAAAGGAUAAAGAAUGACAUAGGUUUAGGCUUGAGAUGAGGUAACAAUGGUUUGGCCUGUCAUACAUGUUUUUUGUUCAUGGAGGCCUGUUGUACUUGCUGAACACAGUACUGCUGUGGUAACUGGCCAACUUGUAAUGUUAGAUAAGUCCUGAUAGUCGCUUUGUUGAAUUUGUCAAAGAAAGCGAGAAAGAAAGGUGUGUGGUAUUGAGUUGUGGACAAAAAAGUGUGAUUUGUAUUGAUUAAGAAAGCAUUAACACCGAUGGCUGUCGGUUAGACGGUUGGAUUAUUCUAA